AUGGAUUCGAUACUCGAUGGGUUGAACUCUGCGCAGAGAGCCGCCGUGUCGUCGCCGUCAUCGAUCCUCCAAGUUCUCGCCCCGCCCGGCUCAGGAAAGACAAAGACCUUAACGGCGCGCGUCGCGUACCUCCUCUCCCAUCAUGGCUAUCGACCGCAAGAUGUCAUCUGCUGCACGUUCACCAUCAAAGCGAGCCGGGAGAUGCGGGAGCGUCUGUCAAAAUUGGUUGGGGACCGGGUGCAGUCGAAAUUGAUUCUGGGGACGUUUCACUCCAUCUGUCGACGGUAUUUGGUGACUUAUGGGUACUUGAUUGGGCUGCGGAAAGGAUUUGGAAUUGCAGAUUCCGGGGAUAGUUUGGCCAUUAUUAGGAGGAUUGUCAAGCGGCUACAACUCAAUAUCCAGCCUAAUAUGGCUCGCGCGCGGAUUUCGUAUCAAAAGGCUCAUGGGGUGACGCCGGAGGAUUUAGAAGCGAAGCAUAUGAAGGGCUCUAAGGUGCUAGAGCAUCGGGAGUUUUUUCAGGUUUACCAAGCGUACGAACGGCAUCUGGCGGAUUCGAAUCUACUCGAUUACGAUGAUCUACUUCUACGGUGCGCCCAGCUGCUUCGACAGCACCCGGAGUGCGUUUCGAAUGUCCAGUCAGUCCUAGUCGAUGAGUUCCAAGACACAAACCAUAUCCAGUAUGAGUUGAUGAACCUUCUCGCAUCCCAGAACAGACGAAUCACAGUUGUCGGGGAUCCGGACCAGAGUAUAUACGGGUUUCGAUCGGCUGAGAUUAAGAACUUGACACGUAUGCAGCAGCUGUAUAGCGACACCUCUGUUGUGUUGUUAGAGGAUAAUUAUCGGUCUUCGGGGUCCAUCUUGAGCUCGGCUCAAGAUGUCAUUGAACAAGAUUCGUCGCGGCCGGCUAAGAGGCUGCAGCCAACUCAUAGUGUAGGGACGAUGCCGGUAUUGCGAAAGUUACCAACAGCAGAGGCCGAAGCUCAGUGGAUCGUUCUCGAAAUUAAAAGAUGCAUUGCCUUGACGGGGAAGUUGCUGAAGUAUUCGGACUUUGCGAUAUUGCUCCGGUCGGCCGCACUUUCGAGACAGAUCGAAUCGGAGAUGGGGAAACAGGGCAUGCCGUACAGGAUGGUCGGAGGCUUACGCUUUUUCGAUAGAGUAGAGAUCAAACUACUUCUGGACUACUUGAGAGUUAUCAGCCAGCCGGGAAACACCGAUGCGCUUCUGCGAAUUAUCAACGUUCCAUCGAGGAAAAUAGGUGAAGAAUCGAUUCGAUCGUUGAUGAGUGGCGCGGAAAAAGCGAGCAAGCCUUUCUGGGACUUCAUAAAAGACGUGGCACAAGGUCGCAGGUCGACCGAAAAGACUCUGUCGAAGCCUACCAGCCAUGGAUUAGGUGCCUUUGUCGGUCUGAUCGAGUCGUCGAGACAGAAACUCCUCGAAUGCACUGACUGUUCGGCUCCGAAGAAGCUUCUUGAGUUUGUCAUCAAGAAGCUUUGCUUCCGAGAAUAUCUUACAUCGACGUACGGUACCAAUGAGGAGAACAAAUGGGCGAAUGUGGAGGAACUUCUGGGCCAAGCGGAAGAUACGGCUGCAGCUGGGGAGGCGAAUGAACAGGACGAUAGCCUUCCGGAAAUUCAAGGCCUCUCACAGCAGCAAGCCCAUCCGGGAGAAGAGGCACUGUCGCGCUUUCUGGCGAAUGUGGCGCUCUCCACGGAGGUUCUUCAGCAAGAGGGAGAGGAAGGUGAGCAAUCACAGGAGAGAGUAACGAUCUCCACGAUCCAUGCCGCAAAAGGCCUGGAAUGGCCGGUGGUCUUCGUACCAGCUGUGUAUAACGGCAUUAUCCCUCAUUCACGUGCAGAGGAUUCGGACGAAGAGAGACGAUUGCUUUACGUGGCCAUGACUAGAGCGCAGGCGCUGUUGUACCUGAGUUACCCCCUCGAGCAAUCCCGCAGCGGUGAGACGACGAAUGUAUCAACAUUCCUUCCGGAAAGGAUUAUAGAAUCACGGUUUCGGUUAUUAGGACCUAAUCUGCAUGAACAGAUCGUCUAUGGAAUCGCUGACAUCUUACGGCGGCCGAGGCCGACUUCCGAGGCUAUGCUCGAGGGUCAGGUUUCACUACCUUCCAUACUGGAUGACCAAUGGACGGUCGACGGUCGAGAGGCUGCGGACGCUGUGUUUAGAUGGGACGGCUCUAGAGCAGUCGAUGGAGAGGAGCCUAGCGCUAAAAGACCACGGUAUAGCCGAGAAUCUUCGAUAUCAACCACAACCACGUACAUGUCUGCGUCAACAUACACAAUGAAUGGCUCGAACUUGUCUGUGCCUACUACCAUGUCGCUUGGAUUCUCGACGGCGCGGGAGUAUAUCGCGACGAACCCAGCCGCUAGGCAGGAACAAAAGCCGGAACUCGGGUUCGAGAACAAAUCAAAAACAACAGGAACCGGAACAUCUGGACGCAGUGCGGUUGGCCUUUCGCAGAAGAGCAUAUCCGGGUUCUUCAGUAAGCCUUCGUCUCAGCCCAAACCGAAAUCUAGCGAAUCAGUACCGACACACUGCCACACGACCCCUGGCGAUCGAAACAAUGCCAUUGGGCCGACGGCCGAGGGCAAAAAUAAAAACGUGCUCCCAACGAACUUCUCGACGUAUCGACCACAGGCGCAGCGCCUGCAAACAGCCCGUCCGAUUCUCGAACCGUCGGACCCCAACCGUUACACGUGGCUGGCGAUGUCUUCAAAGCCCACGGCGAAACCGAUCUUGCGCAGUGGUGACGAGGGCAGGGAAAUAUCCGACAAGGGCGAAGCCGGGAGGGAGUGGGCAGCGAGCGAGGUUAAAAGACCUCAAGGUCCUGUUGGAGGUGCCCGACCAGCGACCACGUAUCACACGACUACGAUGGCGAUGUUACAGGGCGCGGCACCCGUACCGACGAGGAGAACACUGGGGAUUCGACGAAGUAUGAAUGGGUGGGAAGAACGGAUGAAGAGGGCAGGCAAUCAACGGCCGUGA